UUGAUCUCUAUAAAAACUUCCGGGAUGGAAAAAACAUAAGAUCCCAUAUGUUUGCGGCUUGUUGACAGGAUGAUGCUCAUUGUGACAAUGAAGUUGGACGAUCGCCAUGCUUGAGUGUUUGUUGACCUGUUCCGCAUCGCUGAGCUUGUCAACGUGGGUCUGUCAUUUAGAAUACGUGAGGCUACUGUGGACUUUCAGUUUGUCAGCUAGCACAACACGCACAUAGAUAACAGAGGAGUUAUACAAGCUGAUAUCUGGAAUGUAGAAUACACCAGACUGACAGUCUAAAAAUUCGGUCAGAUAACAACACAGAGAAAAGAUGCUUUCACACCUGCUUCAUCAAUACCUCAGUCUUUUGGGAGCUUUGUUGACCUUGGUAACUGUGGUGACGACCUCAACCUAUCAUGACUACUGUAUUAUUGGAGCAGGACCAGGCGGUCUCCAGAUGGCAUAUUUCCUGGAACAAAGCAACAGAGAUUAUGUCGUCUUUGAACGGGCAAAUACAACAGGCAGCUUCUACACAGUGUACCCCAGACACCGAAAGUUAAUCAGCAUCAACAAGCGACACACAGGCAAAUCUAACAAGGAGUUCAACCUGCGCCAUGACUGGAAUUCUCUAAUCAGCCAUGACGAAUCACUUCUUCUUAAACAUUAUUCCAAGGAAAUGUUUCCACAUGCAGAUGCUUUGGUGCAAUAUUUACAAGACUUUCACACAAAGUUAGGACUGAACGUCCAGUUUAAUUCAAAUAUGCAAAACAUACAGAAGGUGGCCAACGAUUCCUCAUCUGGUGGCUAUGUGUAUAUGAUGGAGGAUGAUAAUGGCAGCCCCUACACAUGCUCAAAAGUGAUAGUUGCCACAGGUAUAGCGCUCCCAAACAUUCCCACAGAAGUCCCUGGUAUGGAAUACGCUGAUGGAUACGAGUCUGUGUCUAUAAACCCGGAGGACUUCGAGGGACAGUCUGUUCUUAUUCUUGGUAGAGGAAAUGCAGCAUUUGAAGUAGCAGAUUCAAUAUAUGGUUCAACAAAUGUAAUACAUAUGGUUGGAAGAUCCAGAGUUCGACUUGCCUGGGCAACACACUAUGUUGGGGAUCUUAGAGCUGUAAACAAUGGACUUUUAGACACGUAUCAGCUGAAGUCACUUGAUGGCGUCCUAGAAGCUGGACUGGAUGAGGUCAAACUGGUCAAGCAAGGAUCAAAGUUUAUUCUCCAGUUUAAAGACGAAGAUGAAGACUCCUUGUUUCCCCUGGAUAACUUUGCACUUCGUGAACCAUACGAUCGCAUUGUCAGGUGCUUGGGCUUCAAGUUCGACACCAGUAUAUUUAAUGAGACUUCAAAAAUGGUGUUAGGAAAAGGGAGAACAAAAAAAUUUCCAAAGAUAGAUUAUGACUACCAAUCUGUGAACAACCCUGGGAUGUAUGUGGUCGGAGUGGCCUCUCACUCCCUCGACUUCCGCAAAUCUGCUGGAGGCUUCAUCCAUGGCUACCGUUAUACAGCACGUGCCCUACACCACCUAAUGGAGUGGCGCUACCACCAGGUGCCAUGGCCCUCUACCACAGGACCAAUCACACAGCUCCUUACUCACAUCAUCAAGAGAAUCAACGAGGCGUCUGGUACCUAUCAGAUGUUUGGUAUCCUUGGUGACAUCAUCAUCCUGAAAAAUGAUGGAAAGGAGUAUGUAUACCUUGAGGAGUACCCUAUUAACCUGAUACACAGACUGGAGGAAGACUCCGGACAUCCAGCAUCCAGGAUCAUUGCAGUCGUGCUACAGUAUGGAGCAAAUUUCUCAGGGCCAGGAAAUGACAUCUUCCGUGUAGACCGGGCCACCGGAGAGCCAUCCGAAGCCCACACGUCAAACUUUCUCCAUCCAGUUGUUUACUACUACGACACACUUCCAACAAAAUCACAAAUGCUGCGUAUUGCCAAAGAUGAGCUCUUACCUCGCCCAAAGCUUAUGCAUCACAUUGUGGAGGAUUUCCUUACCGUCUGGGACGGCCCUCUCAGUCACAUCCUCCCCUUACGUCGUUACCUGGAAAACGUGCUCAGUAGUGACAUGCGCAACUUCUUCAGUGAAGACUGUUUGGAAAUGGCACUUACACGAAGGACUGUUCCUGUAUUCUGCGAGGAUUACCUCGGAGGACAGGGUCUCACUGGAUUUCGAGCUCUGCAGAGUUAGCUUGGUGUAGUCGGCCAUUCCAGAGUUGAUCAGAUACAGUGCCUAUAUAAUGAUCAUUCACUGUUUAACCCUAAUUAUGCAUAUUGUUUGUAUUUAUCCAAAAUCUAUGAAAGUCCAGAAGUGGACUUGAUUCUCCAAGUUUCAACUUGAAUGUCUGCUGAAUUCUAUAUACUUGUACAGAAGAUGUGCUGUGUGCAGUUGAACUGCGAUUUAGUGAGGAAAUAACUAAUUUGGUGAAUACUUGCCAUAGUAUUUGGAGUCUCCAUAACAACAGCCUGGGUUUGGGGUGCUGUUGUCUUGACUCUAUAUGCAAUUAGUUCCUCUGGCGUUGGAUAUUGGAUAUUUUUAUAAUUUAUGAUUUAACAUGUUUAUAUUUGAAGAUAAUUUGGAAAAUAUCAACAUUAUAAAGACAAAAACUUACAAUUUUAAUGGUAAUUUGGAGUAUAGCUACAUAUUACAUGAUUACAUACAAUAGAAUGUGUUUUGACUGCAGAUAAUUAUAUAGAUUAAUAUAUUUGUUUUCUAUUUUGAAAGUCUGAUAAGAGACUUUAAAAAAAUAUAUUUUAAUGUGUAUCAAUUAGUCACAAAUCAAAACUGUACUGAAGUUUGUACAAUUGUUCUACACAAUUGUAUAUCCCAGUAAUGUUUAUAUAAAAACUGCUGCUGGAGAUUACCUCUGUUUUUCACUAAAUGAAAACUACAAUUAUGUCAAAACUACAAUAUAUAAUCCACUAUUGUCUUUCUAGUCUGUUUUCAUUUUAUUUAAGCCUUCAUUCCCACCUCUAUUGGUACAAUUGUUUUAAGUGUUAUUUGUAUUUUAUAAAAUAUUUACUUUUCCAUUUUUUUUCAUUAAAAAAUAUAAAAUGUAAUAGUAAAUCAAAUUUCUUUUGACAGACAAUGGACUUAGUACUCUGUUAAGAGUACAACUAUAAAUGUUGAUAAAGUGGUAUUAUAGACACCAAUCUCUUGUAAAUGAGGAGGGAUGUAAAUUCUUGUUCAAUCGAGGAUUGGCUGUACUUGUAGAGACCAGGGUAGGGAGGGAAUUCUUGUAGAGUCUAUGGUGGGGAGGGAAUUCUUGUGGAGUCUGCUUUCGGGAGGGAAUUCUUGUGGAGUCUAGUGUGGGGAGGGAAUUCUUGUGGAGUCCAGGGUUGGGAGGGAAUUCUUGUGGAGUCUUAGGGUUCGGGAGGGAAUUCUUGUGGAGUCUAGUGUGGGGAGGGAAUUCUUGUAGAGACCAGGGUAGGGAGGGAAUUCUUGUGGAGUCUAGGGUGGGGAGGGAAUUCUUGUGGAGUCCAGUUUGGGGAGGGAGUUCUUGUGGAGUCUAGGGUGGGGAGGGAAUUCUUGUGGAGAUCAGCUUGGGAGGGAAUUCUUUUAGAGACCAGGGUAGGGAGGGAAUUCUUUUAGAGACCAGGGAGAGGAGGGAAUUCAUGUAGAGACAAGAGUGGGGAGGAAAGGAGUGUCGAGAAUAAGAAGAAAAUUCUAGUUGAGGCUGGGGAAUGGCAGUUCCAUGGCUGUUCUCCUAAACACUCCCAUGUUUAAAAGAAAUUAAAGUUAAUAAAUACAGAUUUAAACAUCAUUUAAUUGGUUUGAUAAUGUAGAUGAAAGUUUUUUUUUAUAACAAUAUGUAUCACAUAAUGCUUUCUUUAAAAAUCAUGUGCCUUUCCUUGUGUGGGAAAAUCUAAUGUGCUCCGAUAAACUUUGUCUCACUGAUUUAAAAGCAAAAGUCAAAGGUAUGAUUAAAAACAUCAUUGUUGAUGAAGGUUUUUCAGAUAAAUUUGUGAAUGAAGAUCUGUUAAUAAGUGAAGGGUUGUUACUCGGGUAGUUUGUUAGUAAGGGUUGUUGUUCAUAUUUGUUUGUUAGUAAGGAUUGUCAGACAGAUUGUUUUGUUAGUAGGGAUUGUCAGACAGAUUUGUUUGUUAGUAGGGAUUGACAGACAGAUUUGUUUGUUAGUAGGGAUUGUCAGACAGAUUUGUUUGUUAGUAGGGAUUGACAGACAGAUUUGUUUGUUAGUAGGGAUUGACAGACAGAUUUGUUUGUUAGUAGGGAUCGUCAGACAGAUUUGUUUGUUAGUGGGGAUUGUCAGACAGAUUUGUUUGUUAGUAGGGAUUAUCAGACAGACAGAUUUGUUUGUUAGUAGGGAUUGACAGACAGAUUUGUUUGUUAGUAGGGAUUGUCAGACAGACAGAUUUGUUUGUUAGUAGGGAUUGACAGACAGAUUUUUUUGUUAGUAGGGAUUGUCAGACAGAUUUGUUUGUUAGUAGAGAUUGACAGACAGAUUUGUUUGUGAGUUAGGGUUGUCACACAGAGAUGUUUCUACCAUAAAGAGUAGAUGAAGAUUUCCUGUUGCUAGGACAACAUAUCAUCAAUAGCAAUGAAGGGGACCAUCUUUUAAUUGCUGUCAUAUCAUCAAUACAAUGUACCAAUACUUAAAAAAAGUCAUAAUGUUAUUAUUUAACGUGAGGCCAGAUAUACAUAGGUAUGAUAAUUACAGCUGAAGGAUUCUGAAGUAUACGUCUUUUUAUGUAAAACAUUCAUUUCUGAGUGUGUAUAUUUGUAACAAGUAUAAUGAUAUAGCCCUAAUUAUAAUGUCAUUUGAACCAUGUAAUCUACUUAGUGACAUGUGAUAUGUAAUCUACUUAGUUAAUUGCUAAUGUUGCUUUAUAAUCAUCAUGAUAUUUUAUUUUUGUUUGUUUGCAUAUACGGAGAUCAUCAUCUAGAGAGUGGACCUCUCUAACUUACCUUGAAGUUGAUCAAUAUACAAUGUACCUGGUGGAGGGUAGUCUAUAUAUACUUUAUAUACAUCUCUAUAUAGAUGUUUAUCUUGAUUACCAUGAAUUUAAUUACAUAAGUUCAAUGCACAGGUAACUAAUUAAUAUAUGGGGCUUCAUAUGUUGUUCAUGACAAACAUUGUAUUGGUGUUGUUCAUGACAAACAUUGUAUUGGUGUUGUUCAUGACAAACAUUGUAUUUGUGUUGAGACAUGACAAACAUUGUAUUGGUGUUGUUCAUGACAAACAUUGUAUUGGUGUUGUUCAUGACAAACAUUGUAUUUGUGUUGAGACAUGACAAACAUUGUAUUGGUGUUGUUCAUGACAAACAUUGUAUUGGUGUUGUUCAUGACAAACAUUGUAUUGGUGUUGAGACAUGACAAACAUUGUAUUUGUGUUGUUCAUGACAAACAUUGUAUUUGUGUUGUUCAUGACAAACAUUGUAUUUGUGUUGAGACAUGACAAACAUUGUAUUUGUGUUGAGACAUGACAAACAUUGUAUAUGAUUGUCAUUAACUAACAUUGUGUAGGUUUUUGUAAUCUUGCAUAAUUCUUUUGAACAUUAUAAAAAAUUGUAUAUUUUUUCCUGUACGAUGUAUACUAAGCCAGAUCUUGUGGAAUAUACUGUUAUCUUAACAUCUUCUUUUGACAUUAUACAGAAAAUGAGCAAUUUCUGUGAUAUUGCUAAGUUGCUGUAGAAGAGUCACUGCAGUUCUUUACUAGUCUAAAGCCCUUUGAUUAAAGUUACAAAUUUCUGUACUGCCUAGUUAAGGGAGUUAUUUUCCAAAACGAGUUCUGAAAAAAUAUUUCUUUGUAUGUAGUUUAUAUAUUAUAGACCUUUUUAUUGUAUUCUAUUAAGUUUUUUUGUUAAUUUUAAACCUAGAAAUUUGUAUUUGUUAAAUUUUCAUUUAAUUCAUUUUAGUCAUGUUACUUUGAUUAUGUUGAAAGGAAUUCAUGUAAAUCAAGUCUACUGAGGGAGAAUAAAGAGAUAUCCAUUGGUGGUUUACCUAUGGAAUGGCACUCUCAACCUUACCUAUAUCGUGCAGUCAUUACAAAAUUGGAUCAUUAAAAAACCAAUAAAACUUAUUUGUUCAUACUUUUAACAUUUAAAGUAAUAUUUCGAAACCACUAAAAACAUUUAAAGAAAUGUUUCACAAACAUUAGAAUAUUUUAGACGUUUUAGAUACAGACUACAUUUUGCAAAUGUAUCUUGCAGGUUAAUUAUACAUAUUGGUUUGAGUACGGAGGUAGGUGUAUAGAUCAUCCUAUAAAUUUUGAAUUAGUAUCAAAAUUUUAACUGGAUGAAGUGAGUCCGAAUUCGCUUUUGUAGCAGGGAACUCAAGUUUUCAAAUUACAAUGGAACACAAGGAAUCUGUUUAUGGUGAGGAAAUAGCUCUUUUUACAAACGUAAGCAAAAUCAGGAAAAAGAUUUUUUUUAAAGAAUGGCACAUUGCUGUAAAUAGAGUGACAUUUCCAAUGUCAUUAUUCAAAUUUCAUCAAAACAUGUCCUGCCAAAAUACAUUUGGUGUCUAGAAAAUUAUUAAACAAAGACACAUAAUAAAAUAAUAUAUUUUCCUAUU